AUGAAACGUCCAGCUCGCAUCACCGAGCAAUCGCGCAUGCCAUCACCGAACAUCGCUGCAAGACUGGAAACUUAUCUUCACGACCUCUCCACGCUGAGCAACACUGCCCGGAGUGUGGACGAAGUCACACCUACCCGUCGGGCCAUGUUCCCUUAUGCUCCUGCUGGAUUCCCUCUGAUCGUUUCUGCAGAGACGGUCGUGUUCCCGCAGAACGCCGUUCUGGCGAACCCAAAAGCGCGGCCUGAGGACCGAUGCGAGGCCGAAGCUGAAGGUCUGGUGGAGACGAUGUUGCAGGAGCGUCAUGCGAAGAGAACCGGUGCAGUAGGCCGGUUGGGGACAAAGUGGCGGAUGUUUGUCGCGGACAAAGUCGAUGGACGCAAGCGGCAGCUAACGAGGAGGUUGUUGGGAGGGCUUGCUGAUGAGGCGAGCAGAGCGUGGGAUGAGCAAGCUGAAGGGAUACUGCACAGUCGGCCUCGGCGACCUCGCAUAUGGCUCAUAGGCAAACAGAAAGCAGAGGUGGUCGGCGUACACUGCUAG